AUGGGCGCCGCCGUUGCAGGGUGGACCGUGGCGGCGGUGCUGCUUCAGGUCGCCGGCCUCUCCCUCUUCCUCUACGGGUUCUUCCCCGUGAAGCCCACGCUGCGUAGCUUCAGUGGAGCCGAGAGUUACCAGGUGCCUUCGUGCGGCUUCGUUAGUGCUGGGGAGCAGGAGCCGACGCUUCACCCGGAUCAGCUCAGAUCUCUGUACAGGGAACUCUCUGGGAUCCCUCCUGUGUACGAUCGCUUAGUGUUGAUGGUAAUCGAUGGACUACCUACUGAAUUUGUACUUGGGAGAGGCAGGAAACCUCCAAGCAAAGAAAUGAUGGAGUCUAUGCCAUACACUCAGUCUUUGUUGGCUGGUUGCAAAGCAGCACCUUACCAUGCCAAGGCUGCACCUCCCACCAUCACAAUGCCCCGACUAAAAGUUGUGGUUAGCGAUCAUGGCAUGACUGAAGGGGGUAAUCAUGGAGGAUCUUCAUAUGAAGAAACUGAUUCAUUUGCGCUUUUUAUAGGACACAGUGUUGAGAGCCCAUAUCGUUCGCCCUAUGACCAGAAUGAAGCACUUCAAGUGGAUCUUGCCCCAACUCUUGCUCUUCUACUUGGUAUUCCAAUUCCGAAGAAUAAUUUUGGUGUCGUGCUUCCAGAGCUUUUAAACUCGUUGACAGAUGACCAGAAACUAAGGAUGUUAGAGCUUAACUCAUGGCAAAUCUUAAGAUUGCUGCAAGCACAAGUACCUGCCUUCUGCCUUGAAGAUUGUAUUAAUUCGGAGGGCAGCAUUGUACUUGACAUCCUUCAUGAAUCUAUUGAGAAAAAAUUGUGCCAUUUACUUUCUAAAGCCUUUUCUUCUCAUCAAUCCUCACGUCUUCAUCGAGGUUCUGAUUUCAAGUCUGUUAAAGCUGGGUACUAUGGGACUGCUGCAGAUAACUACUACGGCUUCUUAAGAUAUGCGAGUGAGUGGUUGUCUCACAGAGCAACCGAUAAACCAUUCUAUUUACUUGCCUCUGCAAUCCUGCUGAUGACGGUGUCAUGCCUUUUCCUCACGAGCACUGUGUCUUGCCUAUUUAAGGCACGGUCUCUAAGUCAAGUUGAUCACCAUUCAGAGUCAUAUUUGGAUCAACGCUGGCACCUUGAUGAGGUUCUUGUUCUUGCUGGGAUGUUUCUCUAUGUCAUCAGUCUUGGUUCAAGUUCUUUUGUGGAAGAAGAGCAGUAUACAUGGCACUUUCUCACUUCUACUCUGUAUUUAAUAUUUCUGACCAAGGCAGUCCAGUCAAUGCUGAAAGGAUCAAAUCCAACACUUGGUCAUAAAGCAGAAGAAAAGAGCUUUGACAAAAGUGGGAUCAACUGGGUUCACUUUCCUGAUAUUUCAAAGUUACUGGCGCAAGCUGACUCUUCUGUUGUAAAGUCUCUUCAGAUUAUCUCAGUUCUUGCAGUUGUGGUAUUGUUUUCAGUUUCACUCACUUUACUCAGAGCAAGACCAAAGUUUGUUAUAGGAGUAUGGUUGACCCACAUUUCUUGUGGAUUUUUGGUUCUGCUGCAUAUCUGGGCAAAUCAGAUCAGUACUUCAUUACCAAUUAACCAUAGCACAGCAUCAAUAGCUCGACAGUUUUAUGUCAUUGCUAGUGUUUCAAUAUCUGCCACUGUUCUUGCUUCACCUUGGGUAUUUCCAAUGUUUUCCGCAGAAGCAGAAUCAGCAUCCUCUGGUUCUAGUCCUGUAAAGGCUAUACAUGGCAUCAGAAAUUCACCUUUUCUCACUGGAAUAACAUACACAGCAUUCUGGGGCCUUCUGCAAUUGCUUCUUCAACAACCAAUCAAUGCAAUUCCUCUUUUCCUCAUUUUCUUGCAAACAGUCUCGAGUGUAGUUCAUUUUUCUCUGGAUAAAACAUUACAUAAACAAUGGGUACAGGUUGUGGCAAUGCAUUUCUUGGGAAUGGCUGGUCACUUUGGUCUUGGGAAUACAAAUAGCCUUGCCAGCAUUGAUGUUGCUGGAGCUUUCAUUGGCAUUUCAAGUUACUCCACAGUUCUGGUAUACUGA